ACCAACGGCUUGCUUAGGUUCUGCAACUUUAAUAAUAAUAAUAAUAAGAGCCAAAAAAAUAAAAAAUGCUAACUUCAAUGGUUUCUCUGUCAAAUACUACUGCAUCAACAUACACUGCAUUUCAGUGCUGUAAUCAUCACCACAAGCUGCUGCAAAUAAGAGCUUCUUCUGCUGCACCUGGUGUUGACCUCAAGACCCUUGAGUCUGCACUUGCUAAGAAAGACAGCAAUGCUGUUAAAGAGGCACUUGAUCAACUAAGGGAGGUUGGUUGGGCUAAGAGAUGGAGCUCUCAGCCAUAUGUCUCUCGCCGUACGGUCAGUCUCCAUCACAAACAUCUCUGCGGGAGCUGACGACUCUUGGAAUUAAGAAUGCAGAGAACCUGGCAAUUCCAAGUGUUAGAAAUGAUGCAGCUUUUCUUUUCACAGUGGUGGGAACAACAGGCUUUUUGGGAGUCCUUGCUGGCCAGCUUCCUGGGGAUUGGGGUUUCUUUGUGCCAUACUUGAUUGGGAGCAUUUCUCUAGUUGUCCUGGCUGUGGGGAGUAUUUCUCCUGGACUUCUUCAAGCUGCUAUUAGUGGUUUCUCUGCAGUUUUUCCUGACUAUCAGGAGAGGAUAGCUAGACAUGAAGCAGCUCAUUUUUUAAUUGGAUACUUGAUUGGCCUUCCUAUCCUGGACUACUCAUUAGAUAUCGGGAAAGAGCAUGUCAAUCUCAUUGAUGAAAAGCUGGAAAAGCUGAUAUAUAGUGGGCAGCUUGAUGCUAAGGAGCUAGAUAGGUUGGCGGUUGUAGCAAUGGCUGGACUUGCCGCAGAGGGUCUGCAAUAUGACAAAGUGGUUGGCCAAUCUGCUGACCUUUUCACUCUUCAGAGAUUUAUAAAUAGAAGCAAACCACAGAUCAGCAAAGACCAGCAACAGAAUCUUACUAGAUGGGCUGUUUUAUUUGGCGGAUCUCUUAUUAAAAAUAACAAGUCACUCCAUGAAGCCCUAAUGACAGCAAUGUCGAAUAAGGCGACUGUAUUAGAAUGCAUUCAAGCGAUCGAGAAAGCUGCAUAAUUCUAUCGCCUGUACCUUCUUAGACCAUCGUAUUUACUUCCAACUUUGCUGUUUAUUCUCCCUUUUCUUCUUUUCCAUGCAAAUUCUUAAUGAAAGAUGAUUUUUGAGCAA